UUUUGCUGAGCAGAGAUAGAGAUAAAACAUGAGCCAUGAGAGUAUCUUUUCCCUCUUGAUCCUCCUCACCAUACUCCUUUUGAUGAACUUUGAUUCCGCCUCGAGCUCUUGUCGAAAAAAAUGUGGCACGGUGGAGAUCCCCUUCCCAUUUGGAAUCGGAAAGGGUUGCUAUUUCAACGAAUGGUACGCAAUCAAAUGUGUUAAUAAUAAAACUACCUUCCUCUCUGUUGCUAGAAAAGAAGUUGUGUAUAUCUCCCUUCCGGUUGAAUACCGCAUUCAAGGUUUUGAUUCAUACGGGUCAGUUUAUAUCAAGAACCCUAUAACUUCAAAAGGAUGUUCCAGCAACGACGAGGAAGAUGUAUCACUUUUAGAUCUGACGGACAGCCCUUUUUACGUCAGCUACAAGAAUACCCUUAUUGCUGUUGGUUGCAACAUGAGGGCAUCGUUAGAAACUGCUGAGACAACAAGCAUGGUGGGAUGCACCUCUACUUGCGGCACAACAACACAACAGCUCUCGCCUACGCCCAUUCAAAACUAUCUCGCCUACGCUAGUUGUAAAGUCAAGAAAUGGAAAACAGGCGUGCAAUCCUCUCGCUGUGAUGCAGGAAGCACUGAGAAUCAAACUGUCUGCAACGGUAUUGGAUGCUGCCAGGCAAGUAUGCCGGACGAGCUUCAACAGCUCGUUGGCGUGACAAUAGAUGACAAUACCACAACUUCAGGAGGGUGCAAAGUUGCCUUAUUAACGGACGACCCAUUCAUUUUCGAAGACAUAUCUGAUCCGAGACAUCUUCAUGUUAAAGGAUAUUCUACGGUUGAGUUAGGAUGGUUCAUUCAUACAACCAACUAUUCCUUCAUAGGCUCCUUGGGAUGCGUUAUAACAGAUAAAUUCAAUAGUACUCAACCCUCUUACAGAAGAAACUGUACAUGCAGCUAUUUAGCCGAUAUUAAUUACUAUGCAAGUUGUGCGUGCAACAAGGGUUAUAGAGGCAACCCAUAUGUUCCCGGCGGAUGCAAAGAUAUUGAUGAAUGCCAAGAAAAUAAGAUUACUAAAGGUCAUGAGCUCUGUUCGCCGGGGUCCACUUGUGUUAAUCAUCAAGGAUACUAUACUUGCGUACCUCCAAAGACUAGGCCAAUUGCUAUAGGGAUUGUUAUUGGCUUCGUAAUAUUGAUAUCAAUUGGUGGACUGUAUUGGCUAUACAAGUUAUUUAAAAGACAAAGGAGGAUCAACCGCAAAAAGAAGUUUUUCAAGCGAAAUGGAGGUUUAUUGUUACAACAACAAUUGAUUUCAACGGAAGGCAAUGUGGAGCAAACAAAAAUAUUCAGCUCGAAAGAGUUGGAGAAAGCCACAGAAAAUUUUAGCAUAAACAGGGUACUUGGACAAGGUGGUCAAGGUACUGUGUACAAGGGAAUGUUGGUAGACGGUAGAAUCGUGGCAGUCAAGAAAUCAAAAGUUGUCGACGAAGACAAACUUGAAGAGUUCAUCAAUGAAGUUGUCAUUCUAUCACAAAUCAACCAUAGGAACAUUGUCAAACUCUUCGGUUGUUGUCUUGAGACACAAGUACCGGUUUUGGUUUACGAGUUUAUUCCUAAUGGUAAUCUUUUUGAACAUCUUCACGAUGAGCUUGACGACGACACAAUGACUACUUGGGAAGUGCGUUUACGCAUUGCUACAGAUGUCGCUGGAGCUCUUUCGUAUUUGCAUUCGGCUGCAUCAUUCCCUAUUUAUCACAGAGACAUUAAAUCUACAAACAUAAUGUUGGAUGAGAAAUGUCGAGCCAAGGUGUCUGAUUUCGGCACUUCAAGGUCAGUAACGGUGGAUCAUACACACCUAACAACAGUGGUUUCAGGUACUGUAGGAUAUGUGGAUCCAGAGUACUUUCAAUCUAGCCAAUUCACGGACAAGAGUGAUGUGUAUAGUUUUGGAGUUGUGUUAGUGGAGCUCAUCACUGGAGCAAAGGCAAUUUCUUAUAUGCGGUCUGAAGAAAAUAGGACAUUGGCAACUUAUUUCAUCCUCGCAAUGAAAGAGGAUAGACUCGAAGAAAUCAUCGAUGCUCGAAUCAAAGAGCAGUGCAAGUUGGAACAAGUUAGGGUGGCAGCAAAACUCGCAAGGAAAUGUUUGAACCUCAAAGGUAAAAAACGACCAAGCAUGAGAGAAGUGUCGAUGGAAUUGGAGAAGCUUCGGUCAUUGCAUGGACAUCCUCAACCACAAGUCCAUGUUAUUGAAAGCGAUGAAGAGGAUGAAAUCAUUGAAGUGAACAUAGGCAUUGAAUCGUGGAACAAUGUCAACGUAGCUGUUACUGACAAUGUUGCAUCUUCAUUCUUAGAUGUUGAACCACUGUUUCCUCGUCAAACAUGGUGAUUAUCAAAAAUGAUAGAUGUUUUAAUAUUUAUUUAUGUGUAUAAUAAGCAUAGACAUGCAA